AUGGAGCUUGAUACCGCUAGCGAUGGGGAGGUGUACGCCCGUGCGUUGCAAGAGGCGAGGUGGGAGGUCUUGCAGGGACUAAAUGUGGAAAAAGACUGGCGGCAGAUUCAAGAGCGACAUCCAUUUUUCCGCGAUAUUGUCAUGGAUGCUGAUCGACAAGCAAAGCAGUUGGCGUCGGUGCUGGCAGCUACGGAGUUUUUUCUAAAGCGGUUGCUUUGGUGUUGCGAAAAUGGACCAGCGCCCAGCUUUGUUGAUCCGACAAAGUUGAAGCAGUGGCAGGAAUCCCUUGCCGUGUUUAUCUCACUCUGCGAAGCUUCCCCUGUCCCGACACAGGCACGGUGGGCGGCCGAGAUGCGGCAACGCGCCAGUGAGACGCGCAGCUGCGGUGCCGUGAACGCGGACAGUGGUGAAGCCAACAAUGACUGUAACUACAACAAUAAUGGAGGAAUUGACCAUAGCGAUGAGGAUGAUGGUUCAUUCGUAAAUACUCGUUUAAAGGAGCUGGUGACGCAGUGUGCCGCCGUUGGGCGAAUGCGGUGCCGUCAGCUCCGCGGGGAGGACGACAUGUCUGUGAGGGAACGCCGUGCCGUCUCCGUCAUGGAAGCCUUUGUAGCCCCACAGACGCUUGACUGGUGA